UGUCACCGGAAGCAGCCGUUAAAUGUCCGUUGGAGUAAAAACGGUUGUGUGAUGUUUGAUGGUGACUCUUGAACCAGCAUGAAGCUGAUUUCUGUCCUGUGUCUCUGUCUCCUGACUCUCUGUGGAAAAACGUCUGCUGAUGAAAACGGACCAGCAGGCGUCAGAGUGGUGGUGAAAGAAGACAGAGAUGUUAUUUUACCGUGUUCCCUCGACACAAAGGAGAACAUUGAGUUGAAGCUGUUUGACUGGAAGAAAGCUGCUCAGAAAGAUGAACGUCAGAAGGAGGUGUUCAUGUACGACGCAGGCAGACAUUACAACAACGGGAAUGAGGGUCAGAGUGAGCAGUUCAAAGGUCGAGUGUCUCAUUUUCCAGAAGAGCUGAAACACGGAAACGCCUCCAUAACCAUCAGAAACACAAAGGUGACUGACAGUGGAAACUACACCUGUGAUUUUCCUCGUCUGAAGCCAAAAAGACAAAUAUUCCACAUUGAGCUUGUUGUUGGUCACAUCUUAAAAAAGAGAUCAGUGGAAGAUAUCCCAGGUGACCCCUGGUUUAGGGAAGACACUCUACCUGUCUCCUGGAGGACUGUAUUAUGUCAGGUUGUCCCCACAUGUGCAGCUCGACAACCAUCAGUCACAACACUUGAUCAGACAAACGAAUGGGCUCUGCUACAGUGUGAAGUUUAUGGAGCUUCUCCAGAACCUUCAGUCGAGUGGCAGGACAGUUCUGGAAAUAAAGUUCCUGCUAAAAAACCACAGGUCUCAGAAAAAGGAGGCAGAUACAUCCUCCAAACUAUUGUGACCAAAACUGACAAUUUCAGCUGUUUAGUCACUCAGGAGACGAUCGACCAUCAGACUCGUGCUACGAUGUAUGUGCAUUUAAGUGGUGCAGCUUCAAAACCAUCAGUCACUAUACUUGAUUUUAAAAAAGACCAGGCGUUGCUGCAAUGUGAAAUUCAUGGAGUUUCUCCAGAACCUUCAGUGGAGUGGAGGGACGGUUCUGGAAACGAAGUUCCUGCUAAAGAACCACUGGUCUCAGAGAGAGGAGGCGGCUACGACAUCAUCCUCCAAACUAUUGUGACCAAAACUGACAACUAUCACUGCGUGGUCCGUCAGGAGACGGUCCACCAUCAGACCAUUCAUGUUUAUAUCGCAGGCUCAAACAUUGGAUGGAUCGUUGGUUUAGUGGUUUCUCUUGGUGUUAUCGUCCUUCUAGUUGGGGUUGUCGUCAUACAACACAUCAGACUGAAUCAUCUUAAAGACGACAAGAAGAGACGACCGCUGGACGACUGCAGUCAGUCAGAGAAGCUGCAGUAUUACUCAAUGAAACUCAAUGAUCAGAAUAAUCAUAAACACCAAAUAUUUCUAUUACAGGUUGAACCAUCAAAACUUCUCGGCUCAAAUGAUAAUUCCUUAAAAACUAAAUAGUUCAAAUAACUUGCAGAGUGUGAAGAAAUAUUUUUUAAAAUUUUGCAUUGAAAUGAAUGGGAUGGCCGAAAAAGAAAUGAGCGAAAAAGAACAAUAAUUGGAGAUUUUCAAACGUCUACUUCUCCGGCAUAAUUUCACCUAGAGACUCCAUUUAAACUUUAAACAGUAGACACAAGUCUUGUGUAUCAGUGUAUUAAUCCACGUUUCGAUAGGUCAUAUAGUUUUUUAUCAAUCCCUGUUCAAUGAUCAUGAUCAUUUUUGGAGAAAUUCUGAGAUUAUAAUGGGUGUGUAUUGCACGGAAUGUUCGUGUCACAGUGUGUGACAUCAUCGCCAGAGUGUAGAGGGAGAGAAAAAACUGUCAAAAAAUUAAUUUUAAAACUGCGCUCCAGGCCGCAAAUUCCACUCUACAGAAAUAAUUUAUACAUAGAAACAUAUGAAAAUUUGUCUUCUCGCUCACAAUCCUCUGGUAAAGCUGUCAGAGUUAUAGUUUGGGCGUAGGACGCACAGAUGAUCCACCAACACCACCAACAGCCUCAUUGGGUCCCAUAUUAAAAACGCAGGAAGAUUUAUGAAAAAGGGAGAUGUAACAGUUUUUUUAGAUCGCUCUAACAAAGCUAUUUCUUCAUAUUUCUUAAAAAGAAACAUAUGUAGAGGUUCAGGAAGAACUCAGGAUGCUCAAAGUGAAGUCAGAUCAAUGAUAGGUAUUAUGGUUUUGCCAAAAAUGCUUUCUGUUCAAGGCCAGAAAUUCCAGUCUGUCUACCUCUGGCUGCUGUCACUGUUCUGGAACAUUGGCAGUUGGUGGCAGUUAAUUCUGUUGAUUGCUCUGGUUGCCUUUGAUCUUUGAUGUGAUUACAGUUACAGAUACACACACACACACACUCCUUUUCAAAUAGUUGUAAAGGAAUGCUUGUUGUAGAUGUGCUCCUUGUAUAUUAUAUAGUAUUAUAACAUUACUAGUAUUAAUUGUUAUAAAUCUCUGAAGUAUCUCAUCAUAGUGUACACACACCGGCAGUAGCCCCCGUGGCCCUUUCAGAAUUUCCCCCAGAGGAAAUUUUCUAGUUGAACAUUAAAACAUCAUCGUUCCAUUUAUUUUGUGAUUCUGUUGGAUCGUCUGAUAUUCUUUUUUGUUUAAUUUAUUAUUUAUUAUUAAACAGGGACCUUAAUAUGUAUUACUAUCAGCCCUUCUCAAUAAAAGCUGGAGCACAUGUGAGUCCAGUGAGAGGAAGAAAAAAAUCACUUAAUUGUUGCUGUUGAGGUCGACUACAACUUCUUGCACUUUUUUCGUCACUUUUAUUUUACAUUAUUUUGUUGUUAAACUGUUUAAACGAGCUUAAGUCAAAUAUUAUGUGAGUGUUUUUAUUCUGAUCUUGUUUUUAUAUUGUCAUUAUUUGGGACGAUCAUGUUGUGUUUGUUUUUAUUUGUUCAGGUGCUCAGCCAGAGUCUGUCAGGUACAGGUACACUCAGUGUCCACUUUAUUAGGUACACCAGGCUAAAGCUAAUGCUAACCGCUUCUCAGAGUGAUUACUGUUGUUGACUGUGAUGUUUGUUUAUGUUGUUUACUGUUGAUGCUCCUGCAGGUUUCAUGUGAUUUCAUAAUUUAUAUACAAACGUUUCAAUAAAUGUUCAAUAAUG